AUGGAAACCUUUCCGAACAGCACCGUACUGGACGUUUUUCUCAACGCCACUCUCGCCAACCAAACCGCCGCGGAAAAUGAGACGUACACGUACAGCACCACUCCGGCCUCUGCCGUACCGGGUAACGGGACCGCCGGCGGCGGCACACACACGGACGCGGCCGGGGACGGUCUGAGCUGGGACGACGCGACCUGGAUCUUAACCAGCUCAUUUAUCAUCUUCACCAUGCAGUCAGGUUUCGGUCUGCUGGAAUGCGGGAACGUGUCGUCCAAGAACGAGGUGAACAUCAUGGUGAAGAACGCGGUGGAUGUCCUGUUCGGCGGGCUGACGUACUGGAUGUUCGGGUUUGGUAUCACGUUCGGCAUGGCGCCGGGUACUAACGCCUUCUGCGGGGUCGGAGACUGGUUCCUGGACUCGGACGACGAGCACAUGGGCGUGGUUUUCGCCAAGUUCAUCUUCCAGCUGUCCUUCGCCACCACCAGUACCACCAUCGUGUCGGGGGCGAUGGCCGAGCGGACGAAGCUCAACUCGUACAUCGUGUUCUCUAUGCUGAACACCGUGGUCUACAUCUUCCCUGCGCACUGGGUCUGGGCGCCCAACGGAUUCCUGUAUACGAUGGGAGUGAUAGACGUUGCCGGGACGGGCGCCGUGCACCUGUGCGGGGCGUCCUGCGGGCUGGUGGCGACCCUCCUGCUGAAGCCGCGGGUAGGACGCUUCGACGACGAGAAAGGCGGCGGCUCGCCCGAGAUGUCCUCCCCGACCAACGUGCUACUCGGGACGUUCAUGCUGUGGUGGGGCUGGCUGGGGUUUAACUGCGGAAGUACAUACGGGAUCCAAGGAGGCAAGUGGAAACUAGCUGCACGGUCGGCCGUGUCCACCAUGUUGGGGUCCCUGGGGGGAGGACUUGUAGGCGUCACCUACAGCUACGCGACCAAAAAAGGACAAUUUAACGUAGGUGACAUUGUCAACGGCAUUCUGGGAGGCUUGGUGUCGGUCACUGCGAUCUGUGCGAUCGCUAGUCCGUUCGGAGGCCUGGUGAUCGGGUCCUUCGGCGGGCUGGUGGCUGAUCUCGGAGUCCCGUUGCUGAACUACCUCAAGAUAGACGACCCAGUUGGCGCGGUGCCUGUGCAUGGGUUUGCCGCCAUCUGGGGCAUGUUGGCGGUGGGGCUCUUCGCUCUGAACGACAGUCUGGAGAACUUCUCCUUCGGCAGAAAGGGGCUUCUGUACGGAGGAGGACCGUACCUACUGGGGGUCCAGCUGAUCGCCGUGGUCGUCAUCAUUCUGUGGGGCGCCGGCAUUUCAUUUGUCUUACUCAAGCUGAUUGACUUGACAAUGGGUCUGCGCAUGUCCGAAGAGGAGGAGGAAUUAGGGGCGGACAUCUGCGAACAUGAGAUUGACCAGGAGACUGACCCUUACGAGGAAAUCCAGCGCUACCUAACCAUCUGUGGGGCAAAGGAAAACAAGAUGGCGGUGCCCAAGAACAAGAUGGCGGCAGACGCGGAGGAUGACGGGAAGGGGACUGGCCGCGAAAUGGCGGCAGCUGGUGAAACUCGUGGAAUGUUCGCAAUCGCGCGCGCCCUCUUCCAGGCAGACAAAACGGACCGCCCCUACACGCCGAACGGAAUUGCAGACGGUGGCACACAUUCGAAUGAUCCAAUCAACUUUGAUAGGAAUUGGAUUCUGCGUAGGGCAAUGAAAGAGCACUGA